ACUAGGUCGAAGCGAUUAGGAUUACAUAGUAUUAAAAUUAAGAAUUUUAGGGUAAGACUUCUUAGGAUUCAACAAGAAGACGAAGUGAAAAAGACUUUCAAUUUCAGUAGAAUUCUUAAGACAUCGUCUCUCCCAAUAAUUUUCAUUUGUUUGCCGAAGAUGCAUUCAUCAUAUCAUACAACAUCUCAAUAAGCGAAGCAAAUUAUGAUAGAAGGUGCGCAUUAUAGACAUGGAUAAGUGUCAGAUGAAAUGAAUAUUCGAAAUCUUGAGAAUCAUAAGGAAAAGCCUGUGUAUUUCGUGGAAGUAAUUCAUACGCCCGCAUAUCUAUCCCUGCACAGAAAAUAUCGAAGCUGUAGCUGCUACCUACUAGUUUUCUUUCCCCAUGUCACCAGCUUACAGUCAUCGCACGCGUCUAGAUCUAAAGAUUCCACCAGCUUCCGCAUUGAGAAAUCUAGGAGCCUAUGCUAUAUAUUAUAGAGUAAGUAAAAUAUCGGGUUUCGAGUUGCAGCGAGUUGCUCGAGUUGCCGAAGCGAAGGGCUUCAAUUCUGGAACGAGUUGCCACGAGUUGCCGUAAGAUAUCCGCUUCACCGGAAUGCGGCGCAGCAGGGCGGCGCGGCCACGGUUUUGGCUGCGUGAAGUGUAGAAGUGGCUGCUUUUGUGUUUUGUUGUUGCUCUCUCAGGAAGGGGGCAAUCGGUUGCGAAGGAAGGGCUCCCCCGCGAGCCCUUCCGGCUUUUUCUCUUGUAGCGUGUGGGCGCGCGUUUGAAGCGCAGGCAUUGAGGGGUCGACGGCUUCGCCUCGUUGUUGUUUUUGUUUGAGGGAGGAGCGUGUCGCUGUGGCUUGUCGUUGGGUCGUUGCCAGUCUCUCCCUUUUUUCUUCGGAUGUGUGCGUGGCCAAUGAGUCCCUUUUGGGGCUGGGGGUGGCAGUGGGUUCCCGUCUGCUCUGGAGAGCGGCCCACUCAGCCCAGGAAGUAAGUAGACUAGGCUUGGCCACUCUCGUCCCUGGUGCGCAUUAAGAAGAAAACCAGGGAGCGGAGGCAUGGCGUGGAGUGUCGUACGCUCCUGCUAAGGUAUCCCAGAGCCUCAUAAAGCUGCGCCCGAAGGGCGCCGCGCAAAAAAUUACUGCGAGCAACUCGAGCAACCCGAGCAACCCGAGAAACUCGACCCGUGCCGGGCCAGAAAAUUCCUAAUUCUAAUAUAAUAUUUAUAGACUCUACUAUAAUCUUUCUACGUGCAUGGUACGGAAGAAAAAUAUUAGUGAAAACCACUGCAGUACAUCUACAAGGUUGAAGAACUGGAAGGAUUUUCCAGUUUUUAUCAAGUACACCGAAGAAAAUCAACGAGGUAUCUAUUAACUAUGAUCUUUUACAACUACAGGAUUUGAAAAAUAUUGAAAGGCUUUAUGAAUGUUCAUCUUCAUUCCGAGUGGGCGAACAUAAAGGCGAUUGGGAAAAUCAAAAUGACCGAAUCUUCAUGUAGCUUGAGGUCGUUGUCCUUCCUUUACAAUUCAUUCAUUUGACUGGACAUAGCACACGCGACCGCGCAGAGCCUGCCAUGUUCUACUUCGAGAGCACGUGCUGGCUUGCUGCGAG